AUGUCCUCCAUUGAUUUUAACCAGGUCGCCCAACAGUUUACAACCUUUUAUUACGAAAAGUUUGACUCUGACAGAACACAGCUUGGAAAUCUCUACAGGGAUCAAUCUAUGUUAACAUUCGAAUCAUCUCAGUUGCAGGGUGCUCGAGACAUAGUUGAGAAAUUGGUCAGUUUGCCUUUUCAAAAAGUCCAACACCGUGUGUCCACCUUAGACGCCCAGCCUGCAUCUCCAAAUGGAGACAUCUUGGUUUUGGUUACAGGAGAACUACUUAUCGAUGAAGAAACUAACCCACAGCGCUAUUCACAGUGCUUCCACCUGUUACCAGAUGGAAAUUCGUACUAUGUGUUCAAUGACAUAUUUAGAUUGAACUACUCAUAG